GUUUUCUGAUAAUGUUUUAAGAACUGAUUUUGUGCAAAUUUGAUGUACCAGUAAUUUUCAAAUGUAUCCGAGAUCGGAUUUUCAACAUGAUCCUGAAUAAGCCGGAGGACAUCAGGCCAGAGGGCUCCAGGAGAUCUAGUUCAGCAUCAGGUUUCAAGUUAUUACUGGGAGAUGUUUGCGAAACCGUUUCUGUACAUUCAAAACAAUCUUGCAAACAAAAAAUAGAUUCUAUGUUUGAUGAUUCAAGAUCCGGGAUGGGUAGACAUUUAUUAAACAAUCCUUUAGAGGAAGAAGAGGAACCUAGAAUUUCCAAUUGCGUACAAGCCAAAAUUGAACGAAUGUUCAGUGAUGUAGUGAUAAGUUCCGAAGAUAAAAAUCGAGAACUAAACGGCAAUGGAAAUAAUGAAUUUUCUGUUCGAUUUUUGGGAGUUGUGGCCUUACCAAAUAAAAUCACAAAUUUGGAAGGAUUACAGGAACCUCUGCAUAAACUAUACGCUGGUGCAGAUCAAGCAAAGAAAUGUAUUUUAGAUAUUUGUCCAGCCGGUUUAAGGGUACGUGAAAUCGGAACAAAAGAGAUGCAUAUAAGUCAAUUUUCAAAUAUAACUGUGUGGUCAGCUGUUAAAUAUGUUAUGGACGUUGUUAACAACACAUCAGCUUUUCUUCCCUUAAUAACUGAUCCUGAUAAUUUGAAUAAACGGAAACUUUUUAGACCUAUCAUCGGAAAUAGAUCUAGUUCCAAGCCUGAACCUAUGUUCGUAGUAGUCAUGAAAACUAAUACCGACUCGAACAAAUUGCUGGAAUGUCAUGGAUUCUUAUGCAGAACGUCUGAAGAUUCAAUAGUGAUCGCUGCAACCUUAUACCGAAGUCUUGUAUCGCAUAUGACGAACAAAUCCCGUCGUUCUGAAGAUGUUAUUAAUAGAAGCCCUAAAUCAUUCGCGGGAAUCGAACGAAAACUUAAUAGGUCUUUCAAAAUGAAUGGCAUGAGCAAAAAGAACAGAAAACUGGACAAAGAACCAAUUGCUUCGAGCAGCAAACCUGUCCGACCACCAAGAAAAAAGCGUCCUGCACCAUUAAGACCGUCAGGGGAAUAUUGCACUCCAGUUGAUGCAGUUAAUAAAAAACGGUCAUCGUUUUCAAAUGCCCAACGUGAAAACGAACAUGGAAAUUGUGACAUGGAUUAUUCAUCAAUUGAUUAUUCAGCACAGCAACUUCGUACUCAAAUCAGCCGAGAUAAGCAAAGGAAUAAUAAUUCAGAAUUUACCAAUUCUGGAGAUGUUUUCACCAAAGUAGCUAUACCGAGGUCCACUAGUUUUUUAAACGCAGGAGGAAUGGCUUGUUAUAAGGGUUUAAAUCAAAGACGUCCUCAUUUAGUAACCGGAAGUGGUGGAUCACCUCUAGGAUUCAGCGAACUAUUUGCCGAAUUUCGAUUGCAAGAGAAUCUUCAUUCUCUGGACGAAAUUCUUGGCGUAAUAAUAAAUGCUGAUGGCAUGUCCUUCAACGAUUUAAAACCGAUUUAUAAAGAAUUUCUUCUAAAACUAGCGGUAACAUUAACCAAGGACGAGAUGUUCAAUAGAUCUAAGAGCAUUAUGAGAAAACAAAAGAAAAAGAAAAUCAAACAAACGAUCAGCCCUAAUUUGAGGUAUUUUGUUGAUGAUAAAUAUGGAGGUCAACAUAUUGGAGCAUAUAAAUUACGUAAUACAAAACCAGAUAUUGAAAAUUUAUUUAAGAAGACCAGCAAUGAGGAUAUGCAUCAAAAUCGAAAUUCUUCUAGCGGUUACGUUAGUUGUUCAGAAUGUAGUUAUGAUUCAGAAAGUUGCACAUGUGCAUCAGCCGAGCCCUGCUAUUGCAGUUUGGGUUAUAAUGCAAGCAUAAAAAAUUGCCAUAAAUCUAGAACCCGUUCUUCAGGAAAAAAUAUAAGUUACGAUUGUGAUUGUGAUUCAGAUUCUUGUCUAGAUGUUGACACAAAAUGCUAUUGUAAAAAAAUUAAUGAACAAAACUUAACACGAUGCAGUGAAAAUGCUUUAAAUGUUAAAAAAAGUGAAGAAAUCGCUGCUUUAUUUGCAGAUUUCAAACCAGGUCCAGAACAUGUGAAUCCAAACAAAUCAAAAAGAAGAAGUAGUUAUGAUCCACAACCAAAUUUAAUACAAGUUAGUACAACAAAACUGACCAGAUCAUGGCAGAGUAAUGUAAGUUUAGUAGAUACAUUAGGUUAUUUUCCUUAA